UCCAUUUCGGACAAACAAAAAGGGAAAUAAGAAGCGCACCAAAAUUUUCCGACCUACAAAACCCUAAUUUUCCCUCCAUUUUUCUUUAUUUUAAUUUGCUCUGUAUUUACCAGCUUCGUUCUGUGACGCAAUUAUUAUUAUUAUUAUUAUUACGUCAGAGCUUUCAAACUGAUGAAACCAUCCUGUUGAAGAUGCAUUUUGUCUUGUUGGAAUUUGGAGAGGGUUACUAUGUGAAGGGUUUGCAGUCUUUGUCUGACAAGUGUCUUUUGAAGAGAAGAACGCUUAGCCUAUUUCCAUUUCAUUAGCACUUUUAACGUUGAAGUUUAGUUGUCUUUAGUUUGCAAAGGCCCAUAAGAAAUCUUGCCAGUUUGAUCUCCUAAUGUCAGAAGGCCCUAUGGCUGUCAUCAAACCAGAGAUGAAGUCCUACAUUUGGCUCCAAACUACUGAUGGUUCAAUCCAACAAGUAGAAGAAGAGGUUGCCAUGUUUUGCCCAAUGAUAUGCAGAGAAGUACAUCAAACUGGCAUGGGAUCCUCAAAAAAUUAUGCCAUAUCACUUCCUCAACGAGUCAAUCCUGCUAUUCUGGGCUUAAUACUGGAUUAUUGUCGGUUUCAUCAAACUCCUGGCCGUUCUAAUAAGGAGCGCAAGACUUUUGAUGAGAAGUUCAUCCGGUUAGAUACCAAGAAGUUAUGUGAGUUGACAUCUGCUGCUGACAGCCUUCAAUUGAGGCCUCUGGUUGACCUUACAAGUCGCGCACUUGCUCGGAUGAUUGAAGGCAAAACUCCCGAGGAAAUACGUGAAACGUUCCAUUUACCUGAUGAUCUAACAGAGGAGGAGAAGUUGGAACCUUUGAGAAAUAUGACCGAUGAUCCACGUAUCCGUCUUCUCAACCGACUCUAUGCAAGGAAAAGGAAAGAAUUAAAAGAAAGAGAGAAAUUAAAGAAUGCCGAGGGAGAAGAAGAGCAGCAUGUGGAUGAACGAUCAGUUGAUGAUCUUCUAUCUUUCAUAAAUGGGGGAGAUGAAGAUUCUAAGAGUGUAAGAGCAACAAAGAGUAAAAAGAAAAAUAGAAGGCGAAAAGAGCAAGCUAGAAAUUCCUCUACAAAUAAUGAAACUGGAAACUGUAAUCAGGAAUCUAACUGUCCAACAUCUAGCUGCCUGAAUGGUGACACUGGUGAUGUGCCUUCUCCAAGUAGACCUUCUGAGCUGCAAGACUCUGCAUCUGUGAAGUUUUCAUCCAAACUUGACUUUGAUGACGGCGAUAUUGACGAUGAGUUAGAUCCUGCAAUGAAGGAAGAAAUUGACAGGGAGGUUGAGGAUUUUGCUAGGAGACUAAACUCCGUUUGGCCAGAAAGAAUGCAGGAGAUUUUGUCUUUGGGUCAAGAGAGGAGAUCUGUACCACUAUCUGCGAAUGGGAAUGGUUCCCUGAAGAGAUAUACAGCAGGUUUGGACGGGAGAUAAUGGUUCAAAUGGUGGAUGGUGAAUCUUUUGGAUUCAGUUGAGCUUAACUGCAUGGCAGCUUCUCUGUGUCUGCUAUUUCCACUAAAGACGGUAAAAAUUCAGUGUUCGUUGCUUGUAAAGUUCUUUCCGCUUAUCUUUCUAGAGGAGUUCUUUCCGCUUGUCGAGCUGCCAAAAGUGAUUUCUGAACCUGGGGAAAUGACCUGACUGGCUGAAGUGGGGAACUUCGAGAUAGAAGGGAAGUCUCCGUUGUAUGUGGUUUCAUGGUAAACCGCCAUUUCAUUUCCUGAUACAAGUUCCAGAUUUGCAAAAUUUUCCAAAAUCUUAGAUUUGUUUUCCUAUUCUUUAAUAAUUUAGUUCAAAUUAAGCCGUCAACUUUUCACUAAUUCUUUUCUUUUCCUGGUUGGUCUUUUCAAUUUAAUGUUUCUUGGGUUUUUUUCCCAAUACGAGGGGUAUAAUAUGAGCAUUAUUGCCAUGAAAUGGCUUAAAUGCUCACGGGUUCUAUGCUUCAAUUCUGCAUCAUUAUAUAGUCUCCCUUAAGAAGUAUAUUUGUGUGUAUCCUGUUGUAAAAUUUAUUUCUUGACAUUAUAUCUAGUGGACUAAGAUUCCUCUUCU